UUGCUAUUAAUUGUGGUGUUACGUAAAUUUAAAACAACAAAACAACUAAAAGAAACUGAUUCACCCCUUUUUCCGUUUACUAUUUUCUCCGCUUUAGUUUUACAGAAGUACACAGUCGUUAUAGAAAAAAAGCUUGCAGAAGGAGGUUUCGCUAUCAUUUAUCUUGUUGUUGACAAAAACAAUCGGCAAUAUGCACUGAAGAGGCAAUUUAUUAGUGAUGACCAAAGACAAUUGGAAGCCUGUAAAAGAGAAUGUUGUAUUAGUUGUUUGCAAGGACAUAAGAACAUUGUGCGCUAUGUAGAUCAUUUGAUUUCCAGAAGUCGGUCUGGAAUCUAUGAGUACUCUUUGUUGACGGUGUACUACAAAAGUAGUGUUCUGCAGUUGAUGAAUGAGCGUUUAAUGUCUGGGCGUUGUUUAUCUGCAAAAGAGAUUCUUUCUAUAUUUUGCGACAUGUGCGAAGCAGUUGCACGCUUACAUCACUCUCAGACCCCAGUUAUUCAUCGAGAUUUGAAGGUUGAGAAUAUAUUAAUUGACGAUAGCGAUCCCUUAUCUCCUCCCAAAUACGUUCUUUGCGAUUUUGGCAGCGCGACUACAAAGGUGUUGUCUCUCGAAACUCAUUCACGGCAGUUUAUCGAGGAUGAGAUUCUGAGAUAUACGACGCUGAGUUACAGAGCUCCUGAAAUGAUUGACAUUUAUGCAGGUCGACCAAUUGGGACUAAAAGUGAUAUUUGGGCUAUGGGAGUAUUAUUGUACAAGUUAUGCUAUUUUACACUUCCGUUUGGCGAAAGUUCCCUAGCCAUACAAAAUUGUUCCUACGCGUUUCCGAAUGAACCGGAAUACCCCGAUGAGUUGCGCGCCAUUAUAAAAUUACUGUUACAACCGGACAUUGACAAGCGUCCAGAUAUAUACCAAGUGUGUUGUUUAGCAUUUGAAGCUGCUGGCAGGACAGCUCAUGCUGGGAAUUUGAACGUAAUGGUUUUUCAAGUAUUUGGGGAAGUGCUUUUAAGCAAUAAAUUAGGUAUAAGCUGCCUCAUUUGUCUAAGUUUGCAGAAGGUGCGCCGAAUCCCAUUGUCGGAGGCGCUUCAGUUGCUCAGAAAUGAUACCAGUUCAGUUUUUCCUACUUUACAGCAAGGAAUUUCAAAGAGCGAGGCAAAAGCGGUUAGUUCUUAA